CGACCAUCGACAUUACAACUGUUCCUGCGACUUACGCACCCCACGACUGUUUUCAGAAGCGAAGCAAUUGUUAAUCUCACAAUGGCUGGCCCGGGCGCUCAUCCGAUUCACAUCCACCCGGCGCGCCCACUCUACCGGUUUGCCGCGACCGGGUUGGGGGCAAGCAUGUGGUUCUUCUUAAUGUACAGAGCGAAGCAAGACGGUAAUUCUGACUCGCAGUUCCUUCGGCGAACGAUCCCUAACCUUACCUGCAGGACCUGCGUUAUUGGGCUGGAAGCAUCCUUGGGACCAUUGAAGGACGAGGAUAUACCAUUGGGAGAAUGGGCAGCAUACGGUGCUUGGGCAAGGACGGAUGGCCACAUAGCAUGUUUCGACGGUGUACAAAUCAUACAAGUUAAAUGGAACACAGAAAACCGAGAUUUCAAUUGACGUGAAGCCUAUCCGGGCAUGAAGUUACCCGAAGAGACAUAAUGUUCGACUAUAUCGUUUGCCAGAGGUUGUCUUAAGCAUCUGUCUGUGGUUAACGUUCUCUUGUAUUAGUAUAAUGGAGGGAUGCACCUCUAGCACCACAUGUUCCGCCCACGAGUACACGACUGCCAACGGAGAUAUUGGUCUUUGCUAAUGAUAGGUACCGGGGCAGUGCCGUUCCUGUCAUGUUACAUACAGUUGUUAUUGUGGCCAGGCACCGCUGGCAUGGAGCUGGGAAACAAGAGGCUGGGAAAUACAAUAAUUUGACGAUAUAAAGGUUAUGAUUAGAUGAAGUGAUUGCCUUGUAUUUCACAUCAGCCAUUCAAGCCUUAUAUUUGUAGAAAAAUGAAGAUGAAUCCUUGUCUUCUCUGAAUGGAAG